GAUAGAUCAUAUCUAUAUAUCUUUGACCCUUCGUCUUGACAAACUCCACCCCCGAGGCCCCCCGAAACGUAAGGAACAAGCCAAAAUGCUCAUCUUCCUCGGCAAACUUACCUACCCGCCCUACGCCACGAACGAACUCUUCGCCGUCAUCUUCAGCAACAACAUGCAACAGGGCGAAAAAGUAGCCGUCGUUCACCAAUGGACUAGGGAUGCGGCGGGGCAGGCAAAAGCCAAUUCCUUUGCGCAGGGGACUGUUGAUAAGGCGGUUAUCACGUCGACGGGGGAGAAGGAGAUUGAGUUCUUUUAUGGGGAGAGGGAGACGACUUAUUACUGGUAUAAAGGCACCCAAUCCGGGAGUAAAUUGACAUUGUCGAUGUUCAACAAGAGCGGAGAAGAGGUGGUCAAGAAGAUUGAGCUGUUGGCGACGUAUUAUUGAUUAUAACCUAUUCUGCUUUCAUUGUCCUCUCAUAGUUCAUACAUCAUAAGGCUACUUGCAUUAGACAGAAAGGAACAGAACUCAUCAAGGAGCAGUCUAUGAGCUAUCAUCUCUCCACUUCCACCUUCCAUAUCCGUGACAUGGAAUGGUUAUCGCCUCACCCUCUCAAAUACUGCCU